GCAUGAGCAGCGGAGGUGGCGCCUUACAGCUAGCAGAUUUGGAGAGAUAAACAAAAUGACAGAUAAAAGGGACAAAGACAAGUUAUGUGCUUCCAUAGUUAGUCCAAAGGCAUUUAAAUCAAGUGCAACUUCCCAUGGUGUUGCUUUUGAAGGCUUUGCUAAGAUUAAGUUUGAGGAGAUAACAGGGAAAAGGGUUGAACCCAGUGGAUUAGUAAUUCACUUGGAGAAACCUUUUCUGGCUGCAUCCCCUGAUGGAUUUGUAAGGGAAAAUGCUAUCUGUGAAGUAAAGUGUCCUUUUAAAGGCAAGGAUAGCUUUAUUACUGAUGAUAUUAAUUUUCCUUGGCUCGAAAGGAAGGAUGGGAAACUCUCUUUGAAAAAACAAGUGGGUACUAUGACCAAGUUCAAGGUCAAAUGUUUGCCACUGGCAGGAAAUUAUACCACUUCAUUGUGUAUGUGCGUGAUGUUCUAGUAUCUGAUCUGCCUACCUUAAGGCGCAUACUGUUAAAAGGCGCACAAGGCCAUUACUUCUGUUCAAUAAAGUCAUGUAAAUUGUAUCUUGGAUCUUUAGUUAUUAUUUAUGAGUAUUGGAGUUGUACAUUAAAAGCAUAUAUGGUGUCAGAUGGACAGGAACUCUAGUGAUUAUGGAACACUCGUUAAAAACCCCGUCAGAACUAUCGUUAGAUGGAAAUUUGAGCGAAAACUGAAAAGUUUUCAAGCAGCGAUUUGACAUUUUUUCGCUUGCCACUGGACUAUCUACAAAAUCAGCUGAUGUUCGUUUAGCUUCAUUGUUACACAUCGCAGGUGAGGACGCAAUAAGACUGUAUAAUACGUUUCCUGUGUGUCCUGAAGAUGAUAAAGAGGAGAAAGAAGAUGGGACUGGUGGUAUUCUGAACUUUGUGAUAUGUAAGUUUGAGGAGUUUUGUAAUCCCAGGAAAAAUGUGAUUUAUCUCAACCAACCAGAAGGAAGGUCAAUCUAUUGAUGAUUAUAGUACAGAAUUGUGAGAUUAAAUCAAAAGACUGUGAAUUUAAAGACUUGAGGAAUAGGCGAUCAGCCUGGGGGGUUGGUCGGUACCAAAUCAGGGGAAUAAUGGCCAUGGUGAUUUUUGGGAAGGUGUACACCCCUAGAGUAAGAAAAUAUGUGAUAGCAUUGCAGAAGUGGCAGCUUAAUGGGUGUU